AUGGCAGCGUGCCCAACUAAAGAUCUUGAGGAGAUGGCCAAGGCAUGGUCCAAAGCCAUGGAGUUCUCCAUGGUCCGCUUCCAACGCGUGCAUGAUCUUGCAGAAGACCAACUUGAUGACGCCAUCAAUGCCGGUCAUCUAGUUCUCGAGAAUGUGUGCUUGUUUAUAUAUGCAGGUGUCAAGCAUGGACAAUUCCGACCUCCUCUCAGCUUUUGGCAAGUUCUUCAUUCAGAGUACGGCAUCGUCGUAUAUCCUUCUGCAUUCCAAGAAGACAUAAAUAUCCCAGGAUUGGGCAUCGAUGUGACAUUCACAGAGGCAUACCAAGGCCACAUCAUGAUGCAUGUUGGAACACGCACCAAGUAUCCUCCUCGGUGCCCCUUUGAGUUUAUACAGGAACCACCACCGGUCUACCAGAGGGAAACACCUAAGAUGGAAACAUGA